CUAGCACAGGCCAGGGGGCUCGGGUCCGCGAGGAAGUGGUGUGGAGAUUGACGAGGCGUUGAGCCAACAUCAUCUGGUGGCCCUUGCGCACUGUAUUCGGUUUGUGGAGAGAGCCAUGCGCCAUCCUAUGGCGGGAGGUGCCAAGCAUCCAGUGUGUCUACUGUACUUUGUAACCCUGGCAAACAUCUUGUGAAAGAAGCCUGCCUGAUAGUGUUGGAACGCGCUAAUGCAUCGCCUCACCUCUGCCCCAAAUGAACCCCCCGCUGACCAUAUCUGGCGCUGUGUGAAGCCGUGGCGCCUCGGGACAUGCAACCAGUAUUACCCAGGCAAGCCUUUUUCUUUUCAUCUAUGCUGCAAAGGGCAGGUUUGUGGAGAGCAGAUUCGCCCAACUCUUUCGAUUUAGUGAGCCUCGACCGCGGGCUGUCUGUCCCCUGCCUUCUUCCCAUCUGUGUUUCCUCCUUUCAUGUGCAUUCGUCAUAGCCUUGCCUCUUCAACAUAUAGUUUGCGACAAGCCUUCCAUAGAAGUAGACGCACCGGUGUGUCAAUGAAUCUUGUCCAUUCUCAACUCACAUUGCGCUCGAUUAGGCAGGCCGCCUGAAUUGCCAUUGUCUAUACACCAUGGAUCCGCGGGAACCUCAAGAGCUUCCGGCUCUCAAAACGGGAAUUACAUGCACCCGCGACUUUGAGAUUGUUGAAAUGAACGAGCUCAACCGCGACAAGACUGCAAACCAGUUUACGACGACGACUUCCUACUCUGUAUCCGCUGCUCCUCGCCUAACUAGAUAUGCUCGCCAAAAGGGUAUGGGCCAGCGCUGGGUCGACAGCUUUCGACCGGCUCGACGCUCAUCAGCAUCAAGGUCCCGUGGUUACUACAUUACUGAAGGAAUGCCUGAGGGCCACCCCGAGAGAUUCUACGAUUUACCGGCUGCGAAUGCGCGAACCGCCAACUCGGCGCUCGUACGCGACCUCAAGGGAAGACAUCUCCAGAUGAUUGCUAUUGGUGGUUCUAUUGGCACUGGAUUAUUCGUUGCGUCUGGCAUGGCUCUAUACCAGAGCGGCCCUGCGUCUAUGCUUCUCGCCUACGCUGUCACAGGAGCUUUUCAAUUCUGUACCAUGCAGAGUCUUGCUGAAUUGGUUGUUACGUUUCCCGUAGCCGGAUCUUUUUCUGCAUUUUCCACUCGUUUCUUAGACCCCUCUUGGGGAUUUGCUAUGGGCUGGAAUUAUGCACUACAGUGGCUCUUUGCGUUGCCGUUAGAAGUCAUUGCCGGUGCUCUUACCGUUCAGUAUUGGAACGAGAGUUUGAGCAAGGCAGUUUUCGUCACCAUCUUUCUCUUUAUCAUUGCCUUUAUCAACCUCUUCGGCAUCAAAGGAUACGGAGAAGCGGAGUUUAUUUUCUCGACGGUUAAAGUGACUGCUAUUGUUGGAUUCAUCCUCCUUGGCAUCGUCAUCAAUAUCGGCGGAACACCGACAGGUGGUUACAUUGGUGGCAAGUUUUGGGUAGAUCCGGGGCCAACAAACCACGGCUUCAAGGGCUUUUGCAGUGUUCUGGUUACAUCUGCCUUCUCCUUUGUCGGCACAGAACUCGUGGGACUCGCCGCGGCCGAGACCGCCAACCCCAGAAAGUCUCUUCCCAGCGCCAUCAAACAGGUGUUUUGGCGUAUUGCCAUCUUCUAUGUUGUUGCGCUGCUCUUGGUCAGUCUGCUUGUGCCAUACAACGAACCCCGACUGCUUGGAGGCCAAAGUUCUGUCGACGCAACGGCAAGCCCGUUUGUCAUUGCUGUGGAGAAUAUUGGUCAUACUAUCUUGCCUAGCGUUAUGAACGCAGUUAUUCUGAUUGCAGUCCUGAGUGUUGGAAACUCGUCUGUAUUUGGAUCCUCACGAACACUGGCUGCACUUGCUGAACAAUCACAUGCACCAAAGCUCUUCACCUACGUGGAUCGCAAGGGUCGUCCGUUGGUUGCCGUUGCAUUCGCGUUGCUUCUAGGAUUAUUGGCUUAUCUUGCCGAUGUGAAAGUUUACUCGGAGAUCUUUGACUGGCUUGUCGCCAUCUGCGGUCUGUCCAGUCUGUUUACUUGGGGAAGCAUCUGCCUCUGCCACAUUCGGUUCCGCAAAGCCUGGAGCGAAGCCGGCUUCCAUCUUCAGCAGCUCCCCUUUCAGUCUCAGGUCGGUGUUAUUGGGUCAUAUGUUGGCUUGACUGGCAACAUCCUUAUCCUCGCAUCUCAGUUUUGGAUGGCAGUGUCUCCUGUUCAACCUGUGCCUUUGGAAAACACAGCCCCGACGAUUACCAAGAACUUCUUCCUGAAGCUCAUGGCAGUGCCUAUCGUCCUAAUCUUUUAUAUUGGUCAUAAACUGUGGUUCAGAACACGGGUGAUUCCCAUCCGAGGCAUGGACAUUGAUACGGGCCGAAGUUUUGCACGGAUGCAGUCAGUCAAUGUGGACGACUUGGGCGGCAGAGACAAUUGGCCGAUUUGGAAGAAGAUUUAUAGGACGAUUUGUUAACAAAGCAGUGAAGAAGAUACAUUAAUUCUGUCAUGUUUCAUAGUUAGAAUAACCAACCCUCUUAGAUUAGUUUGACACAAACUCAAUGCCACAGCGCAACAAUAUUACUCACUGCUCUUUAUCGGCU